GAGAUAACAAAUUUAAACAAGAGUAAAGAAUUAUAUAUUGGCUCAUAAUUUAAACAACCGUCUUGCUUUGUUUUUGUUUUCGUAAGGAAUUAGAGUUGGUUAAGAAAUUAGAGUUAGUAAAGAAUUAUAUAUCCAUGUUAGUUCUAAUUAAAUUACUCUAUGCCAUGUAAGUCGGUUGUUGAACUAAAUUAAGGCUAUAAAUUAAACGGUACUGUUAGGGUUUAAAAUAGUUAAUUUAGGGUUUUGAAAAAAAAAACAAAAAACUGUAGGCUCAUCAUCAUCAUCAUCCUCUCUCUUCCAUGGAAACCUGCAUCAUCUCUCCCCCUCUCUCUUCCAUGGCAACCGGCAAGCUGAUUCAAGUCGACCCGCCCGAACUCAGAUUCCCGUUCGAAUCAAAAAGGUUCAGCCUGUGUUACAUCAUGUUAACCAACAAAACCGAUGACCACAUGGCCUAUAGGCUUUGUUCGGCCGCCGCAGAGAAGUACCACGCUCAGCCCGACAGAUACAUCCUCUUGCCCCGAUCCACAUGCAAAGUCGAGGGUAAUUUUUGUAACAAUAUUGUUUAUGAAUAUCAUAUAAUUAAUACACCCAUUUGUUUUGUAGUUGAACUAUAUUUACUUAAUUUUAUAAUUUGGUUAUUAGUCACCUUCGCAGGAGCCGGUCCUGAUGACUUCACGGACAAAUGGUUCAUUGAUCAGAAGGCAGAUAAUAAGGUGGACGAGGUCACACUGCAGGUUGUUUGCGUCUUCCCAACAUCUGUUCAUAUUCGAUCACUUAAUCCCAAAUACACCAACGGCAAGCUGAUUGAGGUUAAACCAACACAAAUCCGAUUCCCAUUCGAAUUAAAGAAGCAGAUACCGUACUCUAUCUUUAUAUCCAACAAAACUGAUGACCACAUUGCCUUGAAGUUGACGUCCACGAAUUGGGAGGACUACAGCAUUCGACCUUCCAUGGCAAUCCUCUUGCCACGAUCCACAUGCGAAGCCAUUGUUCUAAUGGACGAUCAAAGGAAAGCACCACGCAACAUGAGAUGCGAUGUCGCUUUUUCUGUUUAUGCCGUCGUCACCUUUGCAGGAGCCACUGUGAAGGACAUCGUUGCUCAUAAAAUGUUUUUCAGAGAGUCGGGUAAUACAGUAGACACGGUGGAUCUGAAAGCUAUUUUUGUAUCACCGCCUAAGUCUUCAUCGCCGGAUCCUGAGAGAUGCGACAAGGGAUCUUUGAAUGGGGCUUCUGCUAAAGCAACUUUACUGAAAUUUUGCAAUGGCUUAGCGAGGAGGAGAAUGUGGAAAUCCUGUACAAAAAUAAACUCCUCCCCCGCCGGCCUCGCCCGCGCAGCCCUUUCUUCGGCCGCCGCAGAGAACGUCGUCACCUUCGCAGGAGCCGGUCCUGAUGACUUCACGGACAAAUGGUUCACUGAUCAGAAGGCAGAUAAUAAGGUGGACGAGGUCACACUGCAGGUUGUUUGCGUCUUCCCAACAUCUGUUCAUAUUCGAUCACUUAAUCCCAAAUACACCAACGGCAAGCUGAUUGAGGUUAAACCAACACAACUCCGAUUCCCAUUCGAAUUAAAGAAGCAGAUACCGUGCUCUAUCUUUAUAUCCAACAAAACUGAUGACCACAUUGCCUUGAAGUUGACGUCCACGAAUUGGGUGGACUACAGCAUUCGACCUUCCAUGGCAAUCCUCUUACCACGAUCCACAUGCGAAGCCAUUGUUCUAAUGGAAGAGCAAAGGAAAGCACCACGCAACAUGAGAUGCAAUGUCACUUUUUCUGUUUAUGCCGUCGUCACCUUUGCAGGAGCCACUGUGAAGGACAUCGUUGCUCAUAAAAUGUUUUUCAGAGAGUCGGGUAAUACAGUAGACAUGGUGGAUCUGGAAGCUAUUUAUGUAUCACUGCCUAAGCCUCCAUCGUCGGUUCCUGAGAGAUGCGACAAUGGAUCUUUGUAUGGGGCUUCUGCUAAAGCAACUUUACUAAAAAUUUGCAAUGGCUUAGUGAGGAGGAGAAUGUGGAAAUCCUACACAAAAAUAAAACCUCUGGCGCAGCAAGCAAGCGUGGUGGCGGCAGUGCAGCGCCAGCCUUCGUCGGCGCUCUCCGGCCGCAAUCGCCGUGUGGGGCAGGCCGCUGCCGCCUGGGAGCGCGGACCGCCUCCUGGGACGGCGCAAGGGCCGGCGACUGCCGGCCAAGCAGAGGCCACAUAG